UUCUCAUCAAUCACAAAAAACAAUAACAACUGCUUCAUAAUUUCUUCGCAUCGUUUUCUACUACUUCCUUCGCUGAAAAAAUGUCUGGCCGUGGCAAGGGAGGCAAGGGGCUGGGCAAGGGCGGAGCAAAACGACACCGUAAGGUGCUCCGUGACAACAUCCAGGGCAUCACGAAGCCGGCGAUCCGGCGUCUGGCGAGGAGAGGCGGAGUGAAGAGAAUCAGCGGCCUGAUUUACGAGGAGACCAGAGGUGUUCUGAAGAUAUUUUUGGAGAACGUUAUCAGAGACGCCGUCACCUACACCGAGCACGCCAGGAGGAAGACCGUCACCGCCAUGGAUGUUGUCUAUGCUCUCAAGAGGCAGGGCCGUACUCUGUACGGCUUCGGCGGUUGAUUUUUUCCCCUUCUCUUAGUUUUUUUUUUUAUGCUGAAAUUGUCUGUAGUUCCUGGAUCUGGCAAUUAUUAUUGUGUAAUUGAAAUAUUGAAUGAUGGAUUUUCGAUUUUUCUAUGGCAAUUACUUUUGGAUCUCGUUGAUGAAACUAUAUAAAAUUGAGAUGAUUUUGGAGGAUUUA